CUGGUUGUUGGGUGUUGUGUGCGGUGUGCGUGGUUGUGCAGCGGUACGACAUAAGCGAUAAGCUUGAUGCACAGGGCUACAGGCCGUGGCAGCUCUUCUGCCGUCGCGGACGUACCGCCGACUAGACCGCGACCGCGUGCGAAAGGAUUAUGAGCGACUGGACGCUUCGACGACGACUGGAUUACUACACCACCGUGUCGCCGGCGGUGCAACGCCACGGAGUUUCGACGACACGCUUGUGAAGUGCGGGUGCAACGACGGCAGAGAAAGCCCGGUUCUGGAGCCUUGAGGCAUGGACCGUUUACGACGGAGCCUGCGAGACAGCCUUCGGCGCGGUGCACGUCGGGAGCACGUGCCCGAAUGCAGCAAGCCGCACCUGUGGCAGGCGGACGAGGUGGCUGUCCGGGCUGGAACUUGCACCUUCCCGGUCAAAUAUCUCGGCUGUGUGGAAGUCAUUGAGUCUCGUGGCAUGCAGUUGUGUGAAGAGGCCCUGAAAGUUUUGCGCAACAGCUGGCGGCGCAUGGUGCGGGGUACACUGCACGUGACAGGCGACGGCCUUCGGGUGGUGGACGAGACAGGCACCCGGGGCCUGCUGGUCGACCAGACCAUCGAGAAGGUGUCGUUCUGCGCGCCCGACCGCAAUCACUACCGCGGCUUCUCGUACAUCUGCCGCGAUGGCACCACACGACGACGGAUGUGCCACGGAUUCCUGGCCCUCAAAGACUCGGGGGAGCGCUUGAGCCACGCUGUGGGCUGUGCCUUUGCGGUUUGCCUGGAGUGCAAGCAGAAGCGUGACAAGGAGAGUGUCCUCAUGAGCAUAGACCCGAAGACAUCAAGCUUCACUCGCACGGGCUCCUUCCGGCAAGGCUCCCUUACCGACCCUGUCCUGCCCGAUGACCCCCAGGAGGGAAAACCUUCAGAAACACCACCAGUGAAGGCAGUGGUGAACCCGUACGCAAUCGAGUGGCCACACGCGACAGUGACGCUGCUGCAGAGGCAGGGUUCCUUCCGGGGCCUGGGCAACCUGAGCCAGGCGUUGCCCUUCAAGAGACAGCUGUUGCUGCGGCUCAACGAGCUGCCCUCAACGCUUGAGCGACAGCGCGCCAUGUCCCUCGACACCGCCACCACCGACCUCUUCCAGCCACCCACUGCACGUCACAACGGAUUCACCAACGUGCCCCCUCCGAUACCCGAGUCCUCUCCGCUGAGCGAGAGGCCCGACAGCAUCAGCGCCAUGUGCCAGCAGGUGAGCCAGGGGCUCACCCUGCUCAGCGACUCAGCCAGGGACGACCCGUUCCGGGAAAAGGAUGCUCCGCAGCAGCCACUGCCACAAGCCGGCGUGGCACCCGUGCAAAAGAGCAACCCCUGGGCUGACUCCUCUCGCGCCGAUGCCUGGCUGGCCUCCCUGCCUACCCAGCACCUCCACCAGAUGAAAAGUAGCCUCAUGAUAAUGCUUGAAACAUGUCUCAUGCCGUCUGAAGGAGGACCCGCCAAGGAUCAACCAUUUGAGUUUGUGAGACAGUUUGAGUAA